CCCUGCCGCCAUACGGGGAGGGUGUGCUCGCGCGUGGCGUGUGUGUGCGUGUGAGAGUGGAGUGUACCAGGGUGUAGUAGAGGCUCUCAACUCUCAAUCUUCUUCCUGCAGAAACGAUAAUACAAACCAGCAUUGUGUGUGUGUGUAUUUAAACGUAUCGUGUGUUAAAAAAAAAGCGACCAAGUUCCCUGAACAUGGAAAUGUAAUCUUCUUGUUGUGAGAGAAAAGCAAAAGUGAAUUACCGACCGAAACGUUAUACUACAGUUCCAAAUUUGAGGCUGACCAGGAGUACGUGUCGCCUCGGUCCUCAGGUGUUGUGAAACGGGCGUCCUGGGAGUGGGGUCCUCGGCCGGCAGGAAAUUACCAGCGGCACGAUUCAAUUGCUCAUCCAUUCCUUAGCCCGUGUCUCGGCGACCACGUGACCUGCCUGAGACCCGCUCAAGGAAUCUGUUCAAGGCCUGGGAACCACAAGAGCCUCGUGGAUUCCUGCAGGCGCGGGGAGCGUCACGACACGACUGUGACACCGCUGGAGAACACCGUCCUGGCGGGACCUGACACUUCUGAUCUCCCCGAGGGCCUUCUUUGCCAGCGGUGGCAGGCGGCGGCGAAGGCGCCCAGUCCUUCGUCUGGAGUGUGGAGACCCGCCCGCAGCAUCAUGACGCACGGCAGAGGCUGAUGUGCGGGAGAGAAAAGAAGAAAGUGCAACGUGAAGGAAGGGGCGUCCGCCUCCCGAGGCUGGCUGUCACCCGGUGUGCCAGUGCCAGGAGGCGCACUGCCUGGUGGCACCGACGGCCAUGUCGAGAUGUGUAGUUAUUACCCCGCUUGCCAGACAAUUUUUUCCUUGAGACUUGGUAACGGGGGCCGGCUGCCACCAUGUGCGCGCGACGACGGCAGCCCUCUGUACGCUGUGCGACACGCACAGUUGAGGACGCGUCACGGAGCGCCUGCGAUGCCGUGUGGAGGAGACCGUGUGUCACAGUCAGUGCCGUGUCUAGUGACGCCAUGACCGAGAAAUGUGUACACAGACCUAGAGCGCGGUGGCACAGACCCAGGCCAGUCGGUCUGCUCUCUGCUCCACAAGUGGCAACAGUGGUCCCGUUAAGAGUGCCUCGUUACGAUGACUCGCUGCACUACGAGUUAAUCACCAGUGUAGAUACGCAAAUUUCAGACAUGAGAAACGUGCGACCGGACCCACGACCUUUUAUACGGGAGUGUCCGCCCCGCUCCACGGACACCCAUGGCACACAGGGCACCCAUAGGCCUACACCCGCCUCCAUACAGCGGGUGGGGCGACCCUGGUUGUUACUACAGAAGGCGUGGUUGGCGGUGGUGGUUGUUGUGGCACUGGUGGGGCCUCUGGUGCCACCUGUGGCAGCCAACACCCCUCCGAGGUUCGUCUUGAACGGCCAGAGCGAGAUUGUUAUACGCCUGACGGAGGGGGAAGCGACGCCUGUCGGCUCCAAGAUCACCACCCUGCGCGGCUCAGACCCCGACGGCGACGCCCUCGCCUUCGGUGUGAGAGGAGUCGAAGGACAAGACCUGCUGAGGAUCGAGCAGAACGGUGCAACAGAGGCGAAUGUGUACCUGAAAAAGGCCUUGGACAGAGAGAUCAAAGACGAGUACACGGUGGUGCUGACACUGACGGACAACAAGCUGGGCGAGGGACAGUUCAUCACACAGUCUAUGCUGCUCCUGGUAGAGGACAUCAACGACAACGAGCCCAUCUUCCGACCGUACGAGUCCUCGCUGGCCGUGGACGAGAACGCCCCGCCACAGGUGCUGGCUACGCUGCUUGCCACUGACCAGGACGAAGGGCCCUUCGGUCAGGUUAUCUACCGUCUGGAGGCGGACUCUGAAAGCGACGCAGAGAAGUUCACUGUGAACACCGUGGACGGGAAGGGCGUGUUGAGGCUGGUCGGUGACCUGGACUACGAGAGGAAGUCUCUGUACCAGCUCAGAGUGCUGGCGGUCGACCGUGCCAUCAGCGGGCGGGUGAACACGGGCACGGCAGCCCUGGUGGUGCGGGUGAAGGACGUGGAGGACCAGCCCCCGCAGUUCAUCCAGGCGCCGCCCGUCACCCGCAUCCCCGAGGACAUCUCCGUCAACUCCGGCGUCCUCGAGGUGAAAGCGGUGGACGGAGACCGGGGCGUGAACAACCACAUCACCUAUUCCAUCCUGGAGGGCGAUAAGGGCCUCUUUCAGCUGGACCAAAACUCCGGCGUCUUGUACGUGAAGAAGCCGCUGGACCGCGAGAGUCCUCUCUCUAACAACGGCGCCUUUAUUAUCAAGAUCCAGGCCCAAGAGGAGAGCGGGGUAGUGGACCCGCCGCCCACCAUGACGACGGAGGUGACGGUGCUGCUGGAGGAUGUGAACGACGAGACGCCCACCUUCAAGGCUGCUCACUACGUGGCCGAGAUCGCCGAGGGCUCCCAGUUCAACAGUCCUGUCAACCUCAUCGGUGAAGCCAUCCCCGAAGUGUACGACCACGACCAGGGAAAUAAUGGCACCUUCAGGAUGUUCUUGGAGGGUGACGGAGGUAUGUUCGACGUCACUCCUCCUGAAGGAGUCAACUUUGCUUCCUUCCUCAUACGCGUCAAAAACCCGGCACUGCUCGAUUAUGAAAAAGUCAAAGUGGUGAACUUCACCGUGGUGGCACGGGAGACGGUGGCUGACAGACCCAAGUCCUCCUCCGCCCUGGUCACCGUCCACAUACGAGACACCAACGACAAUUUCCCUGUCUUCAAGGAGGACCAGUACCAGGUGUUGAUUCCGGAGGACGCGGCGGUGGGGGCCACCCUCGUCUGGGUCCAGGCCGCUGACCCCGACAGUGGCACCUUCGGCACUAGCGGCAUCAGGUACACCGACCUCAGGGGCGCUCUUGCCGACAAAUUGGAGAUGAACCACGAGACAGGUGUGAUUACUCUGAAAGAGCCCGGGGCACUAGACCGAGAGAGUGUGGCUGAACAUUAUCUCACUGUGGAGGCCAGGGAUGACCUCGGCAGAGGCAACAGGAACACAGUGGUAGUGAAGGUGGUGGUAGAAGAUGUGAACGACCAUCCACCAGUGUUCUUCCAGCGGCGGUAUGAGGCUCGUCUAUUGGAGAACUCGGCUACUUUCCCUGAGCCCUUUGUUAUCACAGCCAGGGACGAUGAUCUUAAUGGUACUAUGAACCACGAGGUGCGGUAUACUAUCCUGAGCGGCGACCCCCAGAGCAACUUUACAAUUCACCCUCUGACGGGAGAGAUCAAGCCCUCGGCACCACUUGACUUUGAGGCCAUCGACCAAGAGGGAGAUAUUCGAUAUUUUAACCUCACUGUCAAGGCGUUCGACCUCGGGGAGCGACCGUUGAGCAGCGAGGCGACGGCCCUGGUGUAUGUGGCCGACGUCAACGAUCACGCCCCACAGUUCGACCGUGUUCUCUACAGGAAGGCUAUACCCGAGGACACGCCUCCUGGCACCUCCGUCACACAGGUGUUUGCACGUGAUGAAGAUGGCUCUUCAGUGAACAAAAAUGUGGUAUUUCGCAUCCAACAUGGAGCACAGGAUAAGUUUGUUAUGGAGGCAGACACUGGGGUGAUUUCUGUGGCCCAGGGUGCACUACUUGACCCAGACAGGACAGAGCCUAGGGCCACUACCUAUAUCCUGGAAGUGAUUGCUCUGGAUGGUGGUAUUGGUACCGCCCAGCUCCAAGCAAGGACAGUUGUCAACAUCACAAUUUUAGAUGUGAAUAACAAACUGCCCAUCUUUAAGGAUCCUGGAACAGUCAGAGUGUUCGAAAAUGAAGAUAUUGGUUCAUAUGUGCAUCGCGUUGAGGCUGUGGACCUGGAUGCUCGCCCUCGCCUCCGUUACUCAAUUGAUGCCGAGAGUUCUGAAGCCAGAAAUGAGGAGGGUGCCAUUGUUAAGCCAUCAGAGUAUGAUUUUGCUGGUGCUUUCGAGAUUAGUCAAGUGGAAGGUGUUAUCCGAACCGCAAAUCAAUUGGAUCGAGAGCAAGUUGAAGUAAUAAGACUUGUUGUUGUGUGUGAGGAUAUAGAAGCUGCAACAGAGAAGCAAACAGCCACAGCCACAUUGACCAUCAUUGUUGAAGACACCAAUGACAAUGACCCUCAUUUCCGUAAAUCAUUUUACCGAAGAAGCGUUGCGGAAAAUGCUAAGAAAGGAACGACAAUCGUGACUGUUGUGGCAGAUGAUGUGGAUAAGAAUCGUACAAUCUCUUAUUCUUUGCAAGGACCAUCUGAGAUAUUGUCUCUAGUGAAGCUGGAUCAUGAAACUGGUGAAAUUGUUGUGGCUGAACGUGUAGAUCGUGAACAGUUCUCGUGGCUGAACUUCACUGUGCAAGCUACUGACUCAGGCGUGCCUCCUCGCUCUAAUGUAGCAGAUGUUGUAGUUCAGGUAAUUGAUGAGAAUGACAACAACCCAGUUUUUGUGAACCCUCCCACCAACUUGACCAUCAGAGAAGAUGCACCUCCUGGCACUCAGGUAGCCACCGUCACAGCAGUAGAUGCAGACUCUGAUGAUUAUGGAAUGGUAACUUACCUUCUUGACAGGAAGUCCUCACAUGGAAAAUUUAAGAUUGACCCUGAUACUGGAGAUAUAACGGUGGCCUCUGCCUUAAACCGUGAGGAGUUGAGUACCUUCAUACUUCUUAUUGAGGCUUGGGAUAACUAUCAAUUUGGAUAUUCUACAGGAGAGUCUAGGAAUGCCUUCAUGCAGAUUGGUGUUACAGUGGCGGACAUAAAUGAUGAAGCCCCAGUUUUUGAAGAACGGGAAGGGUGCACAAUGAUUACAGAGUUCCACGAACCCAGAGAUACAGUCACUGUUGUCAGAGCUUCUGAUGGAGACGAUCCAGCCUCACCCAAUGGCCGAAUUCUUUUUACUAUUGAGGGUGGCAAUGAAAAAGGUUUAUUUGAUGUUCGUAUGAUAGAACAAACUGCUGCUCAGAUAUUUGCUGCCAAACCAUUGGUAGGGCAGUAUGGCAACUACUCCUUAAUGAUACAGGCACAAGACAGAGGAUUUCCACCAAAUUCUGUUACAUCACAGAUCAAUAUUUGUGUGUCGGAUUUUAAUGAUCAUGCACCUCAGUUUGUGUCACCAUCAGUUAAUCUAACAAUUCACAUUCCUGAGAAUGCCACAGUUGGAAGUUUGGUGAUCCAGGUACGAGCCACAGAUGAAGAUAUUGGAAUCAACGGAGCUGUGCGUUACAGAAUCUUAAAGGAUGCUUUGGGUAACUGGCAAACAUUCACCAUUGAUCAGGUUACAGGAGCAAUACUUCUUCAAAAGACACUUGAUCGGGAAAGACAGAAGAUUUAUGAGAUUCGUGUGGAAGCAUAUGACCAAGGGGUUCCCGCACCACUCUCCAGUGAUCUUGACCUCACCAUUUAUGUCAGAAAUGUAAACGACUUUGAGCCCCAGUUUUUAUUAGAUGAGGUUACAGUGAAUUUUACAGAACAUAAGGCAGCAGGUGCAGAGAGGGCAAAGCUAGCAGAUACAGUAGACUUGGAUGAUAUUGAUGAAGACAAAACUGCCCACGUGUGCUAUUUUAUCGUUGGUGGAGAUGAAUAUGGAACUUUUAGUCUUGAUAGUUUUUCGCAUGAAAUUAUGACACUGAAGGAGCUGGACCGUGAGGUUGAAGAUCACUACACAUUGCUGAUCAAGGCCACAGAAGACUGUCUUACGAUACCCGAGCCAGUUGCCUUCUUCGACCCCAGGGAUGACACAAUUUUAAAAGUACAUGUCUUUGUUAAUGACAUAAAUGAUAAUGCUCCAAAGUUCACUCGUGAAGUGUUCACAGGAGGCAUAACCACUGCAUCGCACUUCGGCCUCGAGAUCAUGAGAUUAACUGCAAUUGAUCCAGAUGCUCGGGAAAACAGUCGUUUAAGAUACUACAUGGAUGGUCGUGUGCAAGAGACCCUUUCAGAAAAUCUUGAUAAUGUCCGCAGAUCUCCCUUCAUUGUUGAUCCAGUUUCUGGAAUUGUGAAGUUAAAUUUUGAUCCACAAAAGGGCAUGAAAGGAUACUUUGAUUUUAAGGUCUAUGUUAAUGACUCAAGUGGCUGGAGUGAUCGAGCUCGCGUGUUCAUAUACCUUCUGCGGGAAGACCAACGAGUUCGCUUCAUUCUUAGGCAAUCGCCAGAUGAGGUGCGAGAACAGGUAGAGUACUUCCGUGACUAUCUUGGCAAUGUUACCGGAGCUAUUGUGAAUGUAGAUGAUUUUCGAGUACACGAAAAUCAUGAUGGUACCGUUGACAAGACCAAAACAGAUUUGUACCUGCACUUGGUGGAUCGUAAUGAUAACUCUGUUCUAGAAGUGAAGCAAGUUCUGGCGAUGAUUGACAAAAAUGUUGAAUACUUGGACAACCUCUUUAAGGAAUUAAAUGUGUUGGACACUCAGCGUGCAGAGUUGAUUACUGCUGGAACAGCGGAGGAAGACCUUCUGUUUCUGUGGCUGGUUGGUGUGAUCGUAUUCCUGACUCUCCUGCUUGUCCUCACCGUGGCAUUAUGCUUGUCACAGAGAGCACGCUACUCCAGGCAGCUCAAAGCUGCCACUGCCACUGCAUUUGGUGAACCAGGUUCACACGCCACAGGUGUAAACAGAUCAUCCACCGUCCCAAAUACCAAUAUUCACAGUGUUGAAGGAAGCAAUCCAAUAUGGAUGUCUGGGUUUGACAAUGACUGGUACAAAGACGAGGACUCACUGAGGUAUCAACAUUUUGUCCACCAAAGUGAGGGAAAUGACAGUUUAGAUGACAACGCUGUGGACACCUCUCUCUCGCCAAGAGGGGAUCGUGAUAUGCCCUACAUUACUCAAACCAAUGUUCCUAAUCCCUUAUCAAGGGAAUCCAGUACGGUGGGUUCCAAUACCCAGCUGAUGAACCACGAACAUCAGAACAUCAAUGACACUUACCGAGCAAACCUAUACCAAACUUUCCACAAAAUUGCUAACCCUCUCAUGGAUAAAAAACUUGAGACUACUGAACUUUGACAUACAAAUAUAGAAAUAAGGAAUGAAAGUGACUGUUAAUUCGAGUCGAGGUUCUUGAGACAGUUCAGUACACCAGAAGUUGUGAUGAAAAAUGUUAGAGGAACCUAAGUUGCGAGUGCAAUACUGUGUGAAAUAUCUAGUUCCUUAUCUUACUCCCUUUGCACUGUGGGGUGUAGAUAAUUUGUGAUAAUGGUCUGAUUUGCCUGUUUGCUAAGUCAAGUUAGAUGUCAAGCUCUUGUGACAUUUUGGACAAAUGGGUGAUCAAAAAACUUAAAUAUCUGUUGCAUUUUUUUGCAAGUAGAGAUGUACUUCAACUAAACUAUGAAGAAAAACCUUGCUUGACAUGCAUACAUAAAAAGACUGAUGAAUUUUUGCUCAGAUUUAUUGUAUUGCAAAGUGAAAUAUUGCAUCUUAGUCUAGUAACUAGAAAAGUUACUGCUAAAACUAGAAACUGGAGAAAUGGCAUUAUAUACAUUUGCAGUAGAUCUAUGACUUGGUUAUUCCACAGUUUAUUCUAUAUUCAGCUGGUUUUCUUUAUUAUAUCCUCAAAUCUACUCUUGUAUCUGUGUAAACUUAACAAUAUUUAACAUGUUCUGAUUUUUUUUUUUAAUGAUGCUCACUUUGUAUAUUCAUUUAACUAGUGCGUGACAUGACUUGACAGCAAUAUUAUCAAGUGCCUAAAUAUUUAUGUAAACAAGUUUAUUCCCAUUUCAUAAUGAAAUGUAUGCAUUUCAUAUUGUCAUCAUACAACGACUUGCUGCAGCUAAUCAGCAUUUUGGGUGCAUUGCUCCACAUUGUAGAUAUAUGUUCAUACAUUUAUAUUAUAUACAAAAUGCAUUGACUAGUGUGUAAUUAGUCAGAAUUUGAAAUGCUGUAUUUGAUACAACGAACUUAAAUUAGAAUAGCACAUUGUACAAAUAAAGUCAUUGUACAGAUUGUCA